AUGCCGUUCAAAUCGACUUUCCCAGAUCUCGAUCUCCCCCAGACCGAUGUCUUGACAUACUUAUUCCCUCCAGGGAGCACUCCCUCGGAAGAUCCUCUCUGGAUUAGUGCGGCAGACACCUCUGAAAAUCUCUCCCCUCGGCAGUUGUUACAAUGGGUGAAGCGCCUGGCAAUUGGGCUAGACAGGCUGGGGAUCAAAGAGAACGAGGCGGUUAUGAUUCACACUCCCAACCAUAUCUUCGUUCCUGUUGCCUAUCUUGGAAUCGUUGGGUCUAGACGAGUGUUCAGUGGUGCUAAUCCUAUCUACACGGUCCAAGAGAUGGCAUAUCAGAUCAAGAACACGCAGACCAAAGUCGUCUUUGCGCACCCCUCUGUCGCAAGCAUAACUGUCGAAGGUGCCGUUCUAGCUGGCCUCCCUCGAGAAAGCGUUUAUCUUUUCUCUCAACGACCGACCGAAUCAUUCGACGGCAUGAAAGACUGGAGAGCUAUUCUCGGAAGCGAGCAAGAAGCAGACGCCUAUCAAUUCCGACCAAUGACCCCGUCCGAAUCCACGACUACGGUCGCUACCGUCAACUAUUCGUCCGGGACCACUGGACUUCCCAAGGGCGUUAUGAUCAGCCAUGCCAAUCUUGUAGCCAACGUGGAGCAGCACUUGAUUAUGAAGUACGCGCACAAGAAGUGGAAGGCACACAAUCAUCCUCCAGAGCGAUGGGUUGGGGCACUUCCCCUUUACCACGCGUAUGGACAGUUGUGGGCCAUGAUGAUGUGCAUCAAGCUCCGUGUCCCGAUCUACGUCAUGGAGAAGUUCGGAUUCGAACCGUACCUUCGUGUGAUUCAGACUCAUCGAAUUACGCAUCUUCAGGCUGCCCCGCCGAUGCUCGUCAUGCUUGCAAAGCGUCCUGAGACGAAGAAAUAUGAUCUCAGUAGCGUGACGGAUUGCAUGUGCGGCGCUGCUCCCCUAUCACGCGAGCUCCAAAAUGAGGUUUCGAAACGGUUCGGCAUCGAGGUUAUUCAAGGUUGGGGGAUGACGGAGGUCACUUGCGGCGCGACGCUCGUGGCUGGUGGUAUCAGCGACAAUUCCGGAAGCGUCGGUCAACUUCACCCGAAUAUAGAAUGCAAGCUUCUUGACGACGACGGGAAGGAGGUGGCAGAAGGCGAGCCUGGUGAGAUCUUCGUCCGAGGACCUAAUAUCUGCUUGGGUUAUUGGCGAAACGAGGAGGCCACAAAGGAGUCCCUGAGCCCGGAUGGAUGGUUCAAGACUGGGGAUGUUGCGAUUGUGAAGAAAGGCUGGUUCUGGAUUGUUGACCGAAAGAAGGAGCUGAUUAAGGUCAACGCCCUCCAAGUUGCACCGGCCGAACUCGAAGCCGCACUCCUAGAGCAUGAUGCCGUCGCCGAUGCGGCUGUUGUUGGCAUUACUUUGCAUGAAGAGGAGUGGCCUCGAGCAUACGUGACUCUCAAAGACGAAUAUAAAGGCAAAUUUACCGAAGAGGAUAUCCAGAAGUGGAUUGCUGGACGUGUUGCAAAGCACAAGGCUCUUGUCGGUGGAGUUGCUUUCAUUGACGAGGUCCCUAAACUUGCGAGCGGGAAGAUUAUGCGGAAGGUCAUGAAGGAAUGGGCGAAGCGUGACGCACCUAUUCUUCAGAAAGAGGGUAAACUCAAGGCGAGGUUGUAG